CGUGAGAAGGAGAGGAGUAAAAGUAAAACGAAGUUCGCGAAGGAACAAUCCAAGUAUCGGGUGGGAAAGUGAGAACCGUUCGCCGCAAGUGCAGCCAGCUACCCCCGGCUUCAAGGUCGUGGAAUGACGCAUAAGGUUACCCCGAGCGACGAGCAGGAGCAAGAACGCGGGUGACAGAGGCGGUGUGAUGAGCGGAUAUCUCGGUAGCGUCACCCUGCCCCCGACGUUGCUGCACGACCCGAAGUAUCCUCCAGCCAUGCGGGAGAAGGACUCGAGUCCGAGGAAAAUGCCGGGCCACAUUAGCCCGAAGCAAGCCAGCAUAUACCCGCUGAGCGUCCGCGUGCCGGACGUCGAAGAGCUGCCCUACGACUUGAGCCACGGACACGGUCGCGGCCUCUCGAGUCCCUCGAAUCAACAGCAGCACCAGCAACAGCCCCACAUGAGUCCCGCGGCCAGACCGCCCCAGCCGCACCACCAGGACGACCUGGAGUGCGAGCCGCUCGAUCUACGCGUCGAUCGCAAGAAGGAGAGACUCAGAGACGAGAAUCAGAACGAGAUAGAGGUGCUCAAUCAGAACAGCCUCGGUGGCGCUCUUCCUUAUCACACGGUACUGUUCCCUCAACACCACGCGGUCCACCCGUUGGUCCUCGAAGCCAUGUACAGGUCGCACCAUCACGGUUCACCGGUCCCGGAACUACCCAAGAUUCAAGUCAGAGCCUUGCCUACCAUGGUACCGUUGCCUCCUAACAGAUUCUCCUCCACGACCUCGACCACCUCGUCUUCCUCCUCUUCGCAGCCCGCGGCGAGAAUACCGAGUCCUGCCAGCGGUCAACAGCAGCAAAGCCAUCCGAGUCAACAACAGCACCAACAGAGCCACCCGAGUCAGCAACAGCAGCAUCAGCAGCAGCAACAGCAACAACAACCACAACAACAACAAACCUCCUCCAGUCUUCCACCCUACUCCAUCAACGUCCAAGCAGGUCUAAAACCCAAGGACAGAUACUCGUGUAAGUUCUGCGGCAAGGUGUUCCCUAGAUCCGCCAACCUGACGCGGCACCUGAGAACGCACACGGGCGAACAACCAUACAAGUGUAAAUACUGCGAGAGGAGCUUCAGCAUCUCUAGCAACCUUCAGCGUCACGUGCGGAAUAUCCACAACAAGGAGAAACCGUUCAAGUGUCCCUUGUGUGAGAGAUGCUUUGGCCAACAGACCAACCUGGACAGACACCUGAAGAAACACGACGCGGACGGGCCGACGAUACUGGACGAGGUCAGGUCGAGGUACCACGGUCAACUUCCCAGGGCGGACGAGUCCUAUUUCGAAGAGAUCCGCAGCUUCAUGGGGAAGAUCACCUCGCAAAGACAGGGGAUACCUUAUUUCUCCGGACUCCUGGGCCACGGACCGGACGACUUCAGGAGCGACAAGCAACAGCUUCAGCUCGAAGAGAAGAGGGGCGACUCUUCGUACUUCAGCGAUCGGGACAAUCUCAGCUCGAGGUCGAGCAGCACCACCAGCAGACCCGAGAGCGUUCAGGAGGAACAAAGGGAGGUCAAUUCCCCACCCCUGUCGCCUGGGAACAACACUUGAGCCCGAAGACACGAUCGCGGGUCCGACGAGUACUCGAAGGACGCGCGAUUAGUUCAGAGGUCGAAGUGUCCCUGGGACGCGCUACGAUUCCAAGGGAUUCAAACCUUGGCGAGUCCGGGGUGAGAGGCCCCAAUCGUCGUUACCGAUUAACUAGACGCAUAGUUCGGUUAGGCAGGUCCACUUGAACUGCCUUCGGCGGUAAGAUUAGACUUAGGUACGAUUAGUCGUCUUUUGUUCGUUGCGAAGCGAGCUAUUAACACGUUCCGUGCCGCGUGGGGCGUACGCGCCAUGCGUUGAACUUUCCGUUCGAGCCAUUAGGUAUUGUAUUUGUUCAAUUAAUACCUAGAAAAAUAAAUUUAUUGCUUUGUUAUGUAUCUUACAAUGUACACCUUGCCCUUGAUAAUUACAAUUUUGCAUUAUUUUCGUCACUCUAAGGCAUACGCCAGAAACAAAACUAUACAAUUGUAAAGCCUGAACGAAAAGUUUUCAAGAAACAGUCUGGCAAGGAACGUGUUAACCCCUUAAGCUACAACCACGUGCGAGAUACGUGAUAUUUGGAUAUUCGGGCCAAAACUGAUUGUUACGAGCCUGGCCCGUGGUGUAUUGUUCGGGUCAAAUGUAAACAUCACAUUUUGGUCCCAGUCUGCUGGAGCUUAAAUCGUAGCUUAAGGGGUAAAUAUGGACUCUUGCUCUGUCUGUACCGUCGUACAGCCUUGGAACUUUAACUUUAAGGUUCUGCGUGAAUAUUCAAGUUCACUGCGAGAAUUCUCCGUCGCUGCUCAAAGACCAACAGGUGCCUUAAAGGAGUACCUGCGUGAACUGCUCUCUAGAAGAUCGGGUCGAGCAUCUAGAUUAAGUAGAGGAUAAAAUUCGUCCUAAGUACCAACACUUUUCAUUACUUUCGAGUACCCGUGCACGGGUCAGCGAGGAGAAAGACUAAGAAACAACGCGCGAUUCCGUCGCUGUAGAAUAUAACUUUGCUCUUGUUCGGUUAUCAAUCUCAAAAUUAGUUAACCCUUGGAAGCCUGAUACACCAAAUUAAAUUUAAAAAAAUAUCAAUGUAUUUAUUGUUUGAAUAUUGACAGCUGACAUUUAUUUUUUUAACUUUUAAUCAAAAGAACAUUGUGCAAUGGUAACAUACACACAUCCAAAUAUUAAAAAACAAACCAAUUGCAAGUAUACAAUUCGAUUUAAAAGUCCGGUAUCAAAUUUGAAACUUAGGCCAUUCAAGGGUUAAAAUAUUGUCCUUUCGCGAUCUUCGAAAACGGUUCCAUUUCUCUCGUUCUCGUCGACGUCUUCCGUCCAGCAAAAAGAAGAUAUAACCGACACAGAAAAACUGCAAGCAAGAAAGACGGUGUUUCAGCAAGAAAAUGACAUUUCUCGACUUUACGAGCUAGAAAGUGAAUUUUGAUAGCUCGACUACGUCUCCUCGGUCCGCAAUUCCCAGUACUAUAGUCCGACGAACACGCUAAAAUAGAGAUCAUCGAAUCGAUCUGCUCGGUUCUCGAAACUUUUGCCGAAAGUGACAGGGAAAUUCGGCACUUCUUUUUUAAAACAAAAUUAAUUUUUAUUUAUAUCUUUGGGUGAUUUCAGUCUUACUGAAUUCAAACUUCACAGUUACGAAAACCUAAUAAUGGAACUAAUAUAUCGGUCGCUUUUGACCCGACCGUAGGAGAGGAGGGUUAAUAAUGUAGUUUUCGAGGAAAACUGGUCUCUCGUAGUGUGCACAAAUAAGGACAUCCGCCCUAAACGAUAGUGUCGAUAAUUUUUAAAUUUUGUGUCCUCAAUUGUGGGCGCCAGAUCUGAAAGGGAUAAACAAUAAGCACGAGUCUGACUCGUGGUAUUUCGUUUGGACUUCCUACUUUCCUGUUUACUGUGGCCCGAGCAAUCGAGAGAUAACGUGUAGGUCAAGGGGUUAAUAAAAUUACCUCUUCCCUAUAAAAAAUGAACAAAAUUAAAUAAGUAUAAGUAAUGCUUCAGGAUUUGGAAAAAAAGAUCUCCGAACUCGAAUAGCACCGAGUUGCUACGCCCAGGUGAUGUACGUGACGCGGAAAAGCGACGUGUUUCCUGCCGGCGAUGAUUAGCAGAAAAAAAAGAAACGACCGAGAGGAGAGGCUGCUGGAAGCCUAAAGCGCUGUCAGCAAUCCCACACGCUUACGAUAUGAUCCCCCUCGUUUCCUGCGGACGGUCGCUGAAAUCUUUACCCGGGGCGAAACGAUCUAAUCGUCUUCCGCUCUUGACUCCGCGGCUGCGAAUCAUACCGUCCACUUUCUAACCGUUCAGCUACCAACCAACAUCGACGCGAAUGAGCGGGAGGUGCUUCGACCUUGGUGGUAAGUGGCUCGCUUCGAUUAAUUACGCCAGAUCUGAUUCGAACGGGCAGAAGCACAGGCUUCGGUCGUUGAAAAUCCAGGAAACGACAACCAGCACUCGAGAAUCGGUUUGUCAGCCCUAGUAUCGCUGUUAUUCCAAAUCUAUACGGUACGUAGACGAACAUUGAUCAUUGUAAUGGAAGAUAGGAGAGAAAAAUACAGGGAAAAGUGAAAAAGAGUGGAAGAUACGAAUUCCUGUUCGACGAUGAGAGCAAUUCAUCCGCACUUUCUACCUUGCAUCAACAUUCACCGCAAGUAGCGCAGGUGUGGAUCCAGUGUAUGCAUCGAGCCACGCGGUCAGGAGAUCUUCUUGACCUUGGUAAACGCGAUCGACCAGUCACGAGACGAAAGCACGCUCGAAGAAAGAUUGAAUGUCUUCAUCCUCGGGAGGGUGUGUUGCGCCCGGAUGAAAAUACGACUGCAAACGGUGGUCCGGCAACGCGUGAGAAACGACGAACGCUUUCUAGCUUGGAAUGCCAGCGCUCUGCUAAACGACUGGAGACGCCGGUCGCCUGGAACGCGAACGAAAAGUCCUUCGACUUCGAAAUAAAACGAAACAGAAACGAUUCGAAACUCGCCACGAGGAAUAAGAUAAAAAUCGCGGAAUUCGUAAAAAUGGAAAAACGAUGCCGAUGACCAGCUCGGGUUUCGAUAUGAAGUUGCAACUGCAACGCGCGUCCGAUUACGUAUUCCGUUCGGCGUUGAAUAAGAAGCGACGCUCGCGAGAGAAGGCGAAACAUCAAAAUUUAUUUUGCGACUCGGGGCUGACGAACGGGACGAAACCGCUCCAAGCAUGAUUCCUCGAAGCUGGGAAAUGGUCAGUCUUUAUUUCUGUCGACGAAUCAGCAUGCGCAUCGGAAAUGGCAGAAUUCGAGUCUUCAAAAUCCAUUUAAAGGAGAUCGACGCGGUGCGACGCGAUAGGAUGCGACGCAUUCGCUUUGGACAGACUCGUCGACGCUCCGCUCGAAGGUGUUGCGACUAAUCGUAAGCUUCUACGGUGCGGAGAUCUCUCCUCGACGUCUGACGCCGGGAGAGGAUGGCAGGCCCUGUUUUUCUUGCUUCACGCGUAUACGAUCACGGCCGACGAUGGCCUCGGACCUCUCUUGCGUUACACUUUUGCCACGCCCCGAUCGAACGGGCAAGCUCAUCGCGAAAGUGAAACGCAAUAAAGGAGCCACGCCGAGGCGAGAGAGCGAUCUCGACAACCAUGAAACGCUAACGGAGAAGUACCACCCGACAGAAGGAGAGAUCCGAUCGAUCGAGACCUCGAGGCUUGGAAAUCGGUUUCCUCACAGUCGACGAUCCGCGCGCGAAUGUGUUUUCGUCCGAAAUCCUCCGGUUCGACGUCUUGAACCAUCGAUCCUACCCUCGAUGCGGAACAUCUCGCGUAUUCUCCCCUCGAAAACACAAGAGAUCGCGCCUCGUUGCGAAACCCUUAAAUCAACGCGUAAAACUUAAUCGUUGAAAGCGAGAUGACUCUGGAGAAUAGAUCUGAUCCGAUAAAAAAUGGAGCUCUGGCUUAAAAUUUGAAUUUAAUAAGUUUAAUGUCACCCAGAAAUGAAUGACGGGAUUUUCCAUUACAGAUAAUAAAUCUGAAAAUAAAUCUAAGGAAAUAAUCUGUGUAGGAUUCGUGAAUUUGGUAUGGUUAAGAAAUUAAAUACUACGACAAGUGUUGAAUUACCUAAACUGCUAAUCUUCGAUAACAUCGAGACACGAUUUUAAUUUUGAUAACAACAGUAAUAUACAGAGAAGAGGGAAAGAAAACAGUAUAAUGCGAGAAACAUAUGAAGAGAGGAUACGUGUGAUAGAGUUAAAGAAUAAUUCUUCCACUAGGGGGUAGAAUAGAUCCUCAGUUAGUCUGCAUUCAGAUAUCCGCUAAUAUCAACAGAAUCGUUGAUAAAUAGGUUAAAAGACAGCGUACCCGAAUCGAACUCUUGAGGAACGCAUGAGCAAGCAGUAAUCUCUUUGGAGUAACAAUCAUAAAAUUUUACGAUCUGAGUUCAUCCAGGUAUAAAACCAGAUAACCAGGAGAAGAAAGUUGCAUGCAUACCAGGGUUUUAAAGUUUCUGUAAAAGAACGAAAUUUUUCACAGAGUUGAAACUUUCGCGACAAUCACUGUACAUGAUGUCUACUUGACAGCCUUCUUCCAUAUCGAGUAAACUAACCAGAUACAAAAGCAUCUUGCGAAGAUUGGUAGAAAUAUUAACAGGUAAUCUAAACUCACCCCUGAUGCAUUGGAUUGUCCAGAAAGUUCGCGCCAAUUUUUAAGAAAAACUCACUUGAUACCCCAAAUGUGGUAUAAACAAAUAGAAAACUGAUUCAUAGGGGUAUUCACGACAUUUUCUAAAAACAUUCAGGGAAUCGUGCCUGCGAGAGUGUUCCCACAGGUGCGCCGAUAUGACAGGCGUCGACGUUUGGCAUGAAAAAUGUCGCGUCUCAGUCGCGAGCGAUGGCUGCCAGUUUCCACGCUAGGCAUUCCCUCGACCAGUUCCUCGACGAAGAAAUAAGCCGCGAAAUCUCUCGAGGGACGAGUCUCUCUAUCCGCGAAAUCGCGCGUGCCGCGUUCUCACGUCCGCGCGUUUUCGAUCUCAUCUCGUUCCAGUUUACACGUUACACGCAUGAUUUCACUGGUUGCGGAGACAGGUCGAGCGUAUUCGAAGUGUGACGGCCUGCUAGAAAAAAAGAAGAGGAAGAAAAAGAAGAAUGAAAAGGAGACGAAAAUGAAAAGAAAUGAGACUUUGAAUAGGAAAUUCUGUUUCAUCGUCGGGUACGUUAGACGAAUGUUGCGUUCUUUCUUGCCUUUCUUAGAUUUCGGCGUCGAAUUCGACGGCUACCCGUUUUAUUAUUCCUAGCGUCGCGUUGGCACGUACGAAACGUCGUUUUCUCGUGGAGAUUCGCAGGACCUUCGAUUGAACACGUGGAAGUAAGAGAUGACUUUGUAGUCUGAAUUUUUGACACUUCAACGCCAUAAUAUUAUACAGUAAGAGUUUAACCCUUUCAGACGUAGCGUCCACAAUUGAGUAUUGUUUAGGGCGAAUGUCCGUAUUUGUGCAUACGAAGAAAUACCAAUUUUCCUCAAAAAUUACACUAUUACGAUUCUUUUUUUAUUUUUUCCAUAUUAAUUAUUAAUAUGUCGAAAAGUAAAUAGCUUUACUGCUGUUUCUUAUAUCCAACUAAAGUGUUGUUUCAUUUAGAUUAUUUCAAGCUCUUUUGUCCCAUUCAAACAUCUCAACUCUAUGAAUAUAGAAGGGUGCUACCGAGGAUUCGAUCGAACACGAAUAUUAAUAUUUAUGGACCGCAUCGAGGUGCCAUUUAACUCGCGUUGUUUUUGUUACAGUAUCGCAACUUCGUAUACAUAAACGACAUUCCCUACGCGCCAACCCAACGCAUACGGUUUCAGCGGCAGCGACGCGUCGUCGCCUUGCGAAUAACGUUAAGCGAACCAGAAUUAUUAAUUAUAGUAUAAUAUAUACACAUGUACACGCGUGUACCUAUAGCUGCUAGAAUUUGAAUCGAGGCUCAAUUUAGUUAGUCGAAGUCGUUGUAAAAAUAUUAGUUCCCCGCGCGUCGACGAGACCAUUGCGAAUUUUGCAAAACGAGGAAAUGGAACGGUACGUUUCGAGGAUUAACAAACUUUCGCGAUAUCUUCGAACUCGUCGAUGCGCGAUACAAACGGCAGCUAAUUAUCCAGGAUGGUGCGCAUGCUGCCCUUUUUAGGUGAAAUCUGUUUCCUGUUGGUAUUACACAUACGAUUCAAAGUGUUGUAUAAUCUGUAACAAGGUACGUUGUUUUAAUUUAACGAAGAAAAACAAGGAUGCCACAGAAGAGUCGUUAAAAUAUCAUCUUUCUCAAAUAUUCAAAAAUAUGAAAUGAGACGAACAAACUAAGAAGGGCAGCGACAUUUCGGCGAAACUCGUUUCAACCCUUUGCACUCCAAAUUUGUUUAUUUCGGUACAUUUUCGUCGAGCGUCGCUCGACGUAUGAUCACAAAGGGUUAAAAUGCACGCGUGCCCAACGCAACGGAUACUAUCGGAUCCCGAUUGAAACGAGGGCGAGAGAAGGGCGAUGGACGUCUCCUCCCCCGUAAAGUAAUAGUCAACCGCGUGCGAAGUGUACCAAGCGAACUGUAAAGAAUACGUUUAAUUUUGAUAUAUAGUAUAUACGAAUAUAUAUAUAUACAUACAAAUGAUAUAGAUAUAAUAUAUAUAUGUAUAUGUAUAUGUACAUGGAAAACGUACCACGAUUGUGAUUUCACCGAGGUUACCGAGUUAUACGUAUUUACUGUUUAGCCACGAAAAUGCAGCGCCGUGAGCCGACGAAGCUGUCAAGCGCUCGUUACCUUUUAGAACCGCUAGAUCGUAAGCCGUGCGUUCAGGUGGGUCCAAGCUCAGUUCAGCUCGUAGAGAGUUCUUAAUCGUACGUUAACAAGUUAGUCAAAAUAAUCGACGGGGACGCGAGCGGCUCGCGAAUGAAAACGAAAACGACCAACGCGUGUAGCUUUCAUCGCGGGAAUCGCCCCCUCCCUUUUCACUCUUUCCUUUCGAACGAUCACGCGUGUUGAGAUUAUGGCGUACAAAAAACGCAUUCGCGCGAUUGCCGGUGAUCUUGUCGCGAUGACAAGGUUCGUUUUUUUCGUGGACGAUCGUCGUUCGUCGCUCCUACUUUUUACACGUUAAUACUGUUCAGCCACGUAAGUAGUCCCGCGUCCCGUAGCAUAGUGGUGACUGUAUAUAUGUUCAUAUGUAACAUUCGAUUAAAGAGAAACAAUAUUAUAUAUAUACAUACGUUAGGGUGGUCCUCGCGCUUCGGCUUUGAAGUUGCUUCGGAGGAACCCUAAAAAUAAAUUUCUAUCACCUGCGGUCGAGGACCACCCUAAUGUAUGUACGUAUAUGUAUGAGUGUGGCUGUGCGCGAGAGUGUGUGUGUAUGUGUAUUUGUAUGUACACGAACAAACGUACACGUGAAAAUUCAUUUUAAAGGAA